GAGCGCAACUUCAUGGGAUAAGGCAUUAAAAGUCACGCUUACCGUUAUGGAGUUUGUGUUAUGGAUGAUGAUCCAAUAAGUAUUUUAUCAGCAGAACCUGUAGUAAAUAUUUCUCUUUCUCCACAAAAUCCAUCACUAUCAGCUUCUAAGAUAUCAACUCUUGUUAUAAAAAAACUAAGGAUACAUUCCAGAUUGUUUAUAAAGAUUUUCAACCAAUAUCAAAGAAUAACCAAGAUUUAAAGGAUAGUGUUAAUUUUGAAGCCCCUUUGAAGCAAGGGACCGUUGAAGGAGUACAAAACUCAAGAAAUAAAGUUAUUUUGGGAAAAUAUUCUAUGGACAUUUGUGAAAAGUCUUCUGUUUGCCGCAUUAUCUAAUUGUAAAAAUUUCACAGCCACAAACAGUGGAGAAGACAUUUGAAAAAAAUGAGAAGACGUGACAUGAGACAAGAUUAUGCAAGAAAAAAAGAAAAAGAAGAAGCCGAAGAAGAGCGGAAAAAAGCAGAAGAUGACUACUAUAAGGUGCAGUUAAAAGUGGAAGCAAAAAGAAAGGAAGAAGAGGAUAAAGAAAAUGAAUUAAAACGGGAAAAAGACCAUCAAGAUUGGAUGGUGAGAGAAAAAGAUGCUAUUGUAGAAAUAAAAAAGAAAAAAGAAGAGGAAGAAGAAAAACUCAAAAUAAAAGAAGAAAGAGAACAAAAAAUAAAAGAAGAGUGGGAAGAAAAAGAAAGUGCUGAUAAGGAAGCAAAAGAACGACAAGAGGAAAAAGACGAACUGUUAAACAAGGAAAUGAACAAUUUAAAACAGCAGCAUUCACAUUCUAAUCCAGAACAACCUCGUAGUGGAGGCAAUCAUGACAGACAUAACUCAGAAUCCUUUAAUCAAAGUCUUGCUAAUACGAAUUGGAAUAAUGUGUCAUCUGAUAUGUUUGGAACUGAAAUGGAUCCUCGAAAUUGCAAAUUCUAUAUUAAAACUGGUGCAUGUCGUUUUGGACCAAGAUGCUCAAGAAUACAUUUAAAGUUUGAUAACAGCCCAACUAUUUUGAUCCAAAACUUUUUCACUGAUGCACGUUUAGCUAUACCAAUGCUUAAUGAAAGAAAUAAUGAUUUUGGUUUAGAGUAUGAUGAGGUGGAUUUGAUUCAUGAGUUUGAAAAGUUUUAUGAUGAUGUUAUUGGAGAGUUUCGAGCAGCAGGAACUGUUGUAAUGUUCAAGUGUUGCCAAAACUAUGUUCCACAUUUAAGAGGAAAUGUUUACGUCCAAUAUCAAGAUCAUAAUGGUGCUCUCAGAGCUCUAAAAAUGUUUAAUGGUAGAUGGUAUGCAGGAAGACAGCUGUCAGUAGAACUUUCUCCUGUAACAAAUUGGAAGUCAUCGAUUUGUGGCUUAUUCGACAAGCGAUUGUGUCCGAGAGGUAAAGCAUGUAACUUUUUACAUGUUUUUCGAAAUCCUGGAAAUGCUUAUUCUGUUCCAAAUCGAACUGAUUUUGAUCCAGAGCGUGCUACAAAAACAGGUGGUUAUGAUCCAAAAUUUGUAAAUCCAAAUCAUCCUGUUUUUGCUUAUUAUAGCAAAAGAGAUAGCGGUUAUGGAUAUAGAAGGGAAGAUGCAUUAAAGCACGAUUAUUCGAAAUCAAGUACAUCGUCACACAGACGAAGUGCAUGGGACAGUACCAGAUCAAGAUCACGUUCUCGAGAUAGGGAUUAUAAAAGAAAAAGUAAAAGAUCGCACUCCAGAUCAAGGUCACGAUCUCGUUCCUCUCGUUCACACAGUCGCAGUAGAUCACGAUCAAGAAGACACAAGCGAAGCCACAGUCGUUCAAGAACACGGUCUAGAUCUCGAUCAAGAUCUCAUAGUAAGGAACAUAAACGAUCCAGAAGAGACUCAAGAGGACAUUCUAAGAGUUCAAAUAGUAGCAGAGAAUCAAAUCGAAGCAAACGUAGUAAAAGAGGUGGUUCUAAAUCUAGUACAUCAACAGAAUGGUCAGAUUUAAGUGAUGAUCCGGUAUAGGAUUUGAAAAAGCGUUUUAAUUGUAUAUUAACGAUGGAUUCAGGCCUCGCGUCGUAUUGUGUAGUAAUAUCGUUUAUAGAUAAAGAGACUGCUAUUUAAUAAACUCUCGUCGCAAAGAAAUGAGAAUUGGUAUUUUUGUCAGCGUUUUUGCCGGCUAAAUUCAAAAAUAUAUUUAAAAAAAAUAUUUCUAGCGUA